AACUUGGAACCGCUACACGUGCGAAGAGACAUAAGUUAUAUUUUGUAACUAUCAAAUCUCAUCACCCUGUCAUUGAAUUUCUUUGUGGCUUCUGGUAGAUUUUAAAAUUUUUGUGAUAUUCGAGUUUUGAUUUUUGUUAACCCGGCACAAGCUAAGAAUCCGUUCAGGAGCAUACGCCGGAAAACAAACCUCAUUCCUUCCUAUCAUUGAACGAAUACGAUUUUAUUUAUUACUGCGAUUACUUGUAAUCAUGAUUCAAUCUAGCAAAAUAUUUGUUGGAUAUCGUGCAUUAGGAUUUGUUUGCAAUCAUGUACCUCUGUCACUUAGAUAUAUUAAUCGAAGAAAUGAAAAUUUAGUUGUUACAGCUGUUGGUAAAUCAUUUCAUACUUAUGGAUGUUCAAAAUUAGAUCUUCUGAGUGUUAGUGGACCACACCCUGAAGAAAUAUCAUGUUUAACGUCUGAUGCCUAUUUAGUCUUUACAGCUUGUGAAAAUGUUAUAUAUGCAUGGAGAAGAGGAACUGAGUUGAAACAUACAUAUAAAGGCCCCAUAAAGAAUGUGCUAUUGCUUCUUCCAUUUGGACCUCAUUUGAUUGCUGUAUAUGAGGAUAGCACUCUUAUUGUCUGGGACAUAAAAGCUGAAGAAAUAACUUUAGAGAUACCUUUCACUAUCUCUAUCUCAGCAAUUGUUCAUCCAAGUACAUAUCUGAAUAAGAUUCUUCUUGGUAGUCUUCAAGGAUGCUUACAGUUGUGGAAUUUGAGAACUAACAAGCUUAUUUACACAUUUGAUGGCUGGGGAUCUCCUGUAACAGUUCUAGAACAAGCACCAGCAAUAAAUGUAGUAGCCAUUGGUUUAGAAUGUGGAGAUAUCUAUAUCCAUAACCUAAAAUUUGAUGAAACCCUCAUGAAAUUUUCACAAGAUUGGGGAGCAGUUACUGGAUUAAGUUUUCGAACUGAUGGUCCUCCAAUCAUGGCUUCUGCUAGUACCAUGGGUCAUAUAGCUGUGUGGGAUCUUGAAAAGAAGCGUCUUCACAGUGAGAUCAGGGAAGCUCAUAGAGGAUGUGUCUCGGGCUUGAAAUUUCUCCCAAAUGAACCUUUGCUCAUCACUUCAUCUAGUGACAAUUCAAUAAAAAUGUGGAUAUUUGACCUGCCUGAUGAUGGAGGUCGACUUCUACGGCUUCGAGAAGGGCAUAGUAGUUCACCAACUAAAGUCCGGUUUUAUGAUGUGAAUGGAAAGAACAUUUUGAGUGCUGGACGAGAUUCCACUCUUAGAUCUUUUUCAACUGAAGCAGAUAAUCUUAAUAAGAGUUUGGGUCAAGCAUCUUUUAAUCGGAAAGCAGCAAAGCGAAAAGGAAUUAAGCAUGACACAAAGAAAAUGUUGCCUAUAAUCGACCUUUGUUCAGAAGCUACACGAGAAAAGGACUGGGAUAAUAUUGCUGCAAUUCAUCGCAAUUCAAAAAUUGUCACUACUUGGUCAUAUAAUCGUAGCUGCAUGGGAGAACAUAAAAUAAUGCAUGAACGUUUUAAAGGAUUAAAAAAUGUUGAAGCACUGUGUUUGAGUAUUAGUACUUGUGGAAAUUUUGUUGUGAUUGGUUACAACACUGGCCACUUAGAUAAGUUUAAUAUCCAAUCUGGGAUGCAUAGAGGGUCUUUUGGAAAAGAAACAGCCCAUGAAGGAAAUGUGCGGGGAGUUGCCAUUGACGGCUUUAAUCAAAUGGUAAUAUCAGGUGGCACUGACAAACUUUUAAAAUUUUGGAAAUUUAAAGAUCACAGUGAAAUUGCUAUUAUGGAAGUAGAACAGGGUGUAUCAAAAGUUGUUCUUCAUCGUGAAAAUGCUAUGCUUGCUGUCGCGAUGGAUAAUUUUACAAUUUUGCUUGUGGAUAUUGAAUCAAAGCGAAUUAUAAGAAACUUUGCUGAUAAUUCUGGAAACAUCUGUGAUAUGGCAUUUAGUACAGAUUUUAAAUGGUUAAUAGCUGCAACAAGUGAUUCCUCAAUUAAAACUUGGGAUAUAUCUUCAGGAAAACUUGUUGAUUGGUUUACUGUGUCACCUUUAUGUGUAAGCCUCACUAUGUCUCCUUCUGGUGAAUAUCUAGCUACAGUGCAUGCAGGCAGCCCUGGUAUCUAUUUAUGGGCAAAUUCUACUCUUUACUCCAAUUUGUUACUACAUCCAUUACCUGAAGCAUAUAAUCCAUUACAGCUUGAUCUGCCAGUGGUUACAAUGGAUGGAAGAGAUGAAAACAGUAAAGAUGAUGACGAAGCAGAAACAGAUAACUUAGUUCCAGAAUUUAAAUCGCCAGAACAAAUUUCUGAUGAACUUGUUACACUAUCUCUUGUAUCUAAAUCGCGUUGGCUUAAUUUAUUAGAUUUAGAUAUAAUUAAGCGUCGUAAUAAACCCAAAGAGCCUGUUCAAGUGCCCAAGAAUGCUCCUUUCUUCUUACCCGUGGUCUCUGGUUUAAAACCCACAUUCUUGGUUGAAGAAUCUGAUAACUGGAAAGAAAAAAGGGAAAAAUCUAACAUCCUGGAUGUAAUGCAACAUAAAUCAGAAUUCUAUAAAUUACUUUACAAAUGCAAUGGAACUGAAAAUUAUGACAUGGUUAUGGAUAAAUUGAAAGAAAUGAAUCCAUCAAAAAUAGAUGUUGAAAUUCGUUGUCUCGGUCCAGAAAAUGGUGGUUCUAAACUGUUUAUGGAAUAUUUUCUUAAAACUUUAUCUGAAUCGCUAAAGACAAAGAGAAAUUUUGAAUUAAUACAUUCAUAUUUAGCAUUGUUUCUGCAGAUUCAUUAUGAAACAGUAUCUAAGUCAGACAAAAUGGUUGGAAUUUUACAAGAAAUCAAACAGGACAGAUCAUGGGAAAAUUUAAGAGAAAAAAUAAAUUAUUGUCUCUGUCUUGGAAACUAUACUAGAAGUGCUGUAAUAUAAUGAUGCAUUUGUUGUAUACAUAUGUAUCAUAUGUGUACAUAGUAUUUUGUAUGUUAUAAAUGUGAUAAUAAUUAUCACAAAUUAUUUUGUAAAUAUUUUUUUAUAUAAAAAUAACAUGCAUAUUUUUAUGAAAAAUAAAAAAUGACAUUUUAACA